UGCAUUAACUUCCCGCAUUCUUAUGCAGAGUUUGUAGGUUACAUCGUCAAGAAAUAAGCCGUUUGGGUCCAAAGUCCUUUUGUCGAUUUAUGUCCAAAAGCCACCUAUUAGCACGCCCAAAGCCUUUGUUUACUGAUCGUAUUUGUAUUCCUGGUAUGUCCACUGGAGAUAUGACCGAACCAACGAUAAAGAAAUCGAAGUUGGAUGUCCGUGAGGGUAUUCUCUUUGGGAUCGGCAACCCACUACUGGACAUCUGUGCCCACGCCGAUAAGGAUUUCCUCGACAAAUAUGGCUUGGAUGCCAACACGGCCAUCUUGGCCGAGGACAAGCACAAGCCUAUGUACGGAGAUAUGAUCAAGCGAUUUGAUGUGGAGUAUAUACCGGGCGGUGCCUGCCAAAACACCUUCAGAACUACCCAGUGGGUUUUGGGCCUGCCUGAGAGAACGACAUUCUGCGGCUGUAUAGGCGAAGACGAUUACGCCAAGAACAUGCGAGAAAAGAUGGCCGAGGCGAAAGUCCGCACCUCGUAUCUGGUGGACAAAGAGCAACCCACGGGCACGUGUGCCGCUGUCAUUACAGGAAAAAACAGGUCACUGGUUGCCAAUCUAGCAGCGGCUAACCACUUCAAAAAGGAUCAUCUUCUCAAACCGGAAAACUGGGCACUCGUCGAAAAGGCUGAAUUUUACUACACCCCUGGAUUUCAUUUGACCGUUGCGCCGGAUGCUAUACUGGCGUUCGCCGAGCACGCUCUGGAGCACAACAAAGUCUUCAUGACCAAUCUGUCGGCUCCGUUCAUCAGUCAGUUUUUCAAGGAACCCCAGAUGCAAGUCAUGCCGUACGUCGAUUACCUGUUCGGAAACGAAACGGAAUUUGCGGCUUUCGCAAAGGAGCAGAAUUUCGGGACAGAAAAUCUUGAAGAGGUCGCGCUCAAAGCAGCUGCUCUAGACAAGAAGAAUAAGAAACGUCAGCGCGUGGUCGUCAUCACCCAGGGUAGCAACGACACAAUAGUGGCUCAGGAUGGGAAGGUGACCAAAUUUCCUGUGAUGUUGCUGAAGGAAGAAGAAAUCGUGGACACCAACGGAGCCGGGGAUGCCUUUGUUGGAGGUUUCCUGGCCCAGCUAGUGCAAGGAAAAGAUGUGGCGGAAUGCAUACGUUGCGCUCACUACGCCGCAAAUUAUAUCAUCCAGCGCUCCGGAAUCUCAUUCGACGGAAAAUCGGACUUCCAAUAAAGCUGAAAUCAUGUUCCAAAUUCUCAGAUCUGGACAGUAGUAAUUACAUUUCAUAAGAUCAAUGAUGAAAUAAUGUCGAAUUGUUAAUUUUAUUUUUCAUUUGUUGUAGUUUUGAGUUUUGUUUCCAAAACGCAAUAACGCAUUUUAUUACCUUUUAGAAUGCCGCCCUCUCUAGGUUGCUGGAGGUCAGUUUUGACAACUGUUAUAUAGUUAAACACAAUGUUUACGAAUGCAAUCAUGCAAAAAAUGUAGUUCGGAAACACCCGUUACACUUUGCAUUUUUUUUUAUAAGUCUCAAUAACCAUUCAACUUUUCCAAUUUUUUUUCCAAAUGGAUUUAUCGCGUUUUGGAAGUAAAGUCUUUGUUUCAUUUCACAUUUGAAACUCGGAGGAACUGCAAAAGAAUGCUUGAAUUGGAGUGAUUUUUCAAAUGUCCAUAACCAGAAAAUGUUGUUACAGCUCAAAAAUAUGGAAAUACGAUUCUGUUUUAUUUGAGUAACAAUUCACCUCCAUGCAGCUUUGUAACUAGGCCUUUUUUUUUGCAUUUUUCUUUUAGGUCCAUAGCUCGAUUAUUUCAUGUUUAUUAUAUUUUAGUGACUUAAAAGUGAGAGCCCUUAGUUUCACAAGCACAGAAAAAAAUAUAUUGAUUUGGUUCAAGCAGGCAUUUUACUUAUGAUAAAUUGACCAAUAAAGUUCUCAUCAACGCACAACUUACCGCACUUGCCCGGCCAACACCUAUGUCUGUUGCAAUUGAAGUAAUGUCUCCUGCUUAAGGACACAAACACUAUGCCCUUAAUGCUGUAUUCGAACACAAGUCUGAUUUAAAAAAAAAAAACAAGGUCGGGUGACAAAAUUAUAGGCUUACAUUUUAUAGACACCUUUUUUUAAUGACGAGAAAGCAUGUUUUAUCACUCUUGAUAAAUCGAAAAUUCCAAUAUUUUCAGCAUUAAAAUCGCACAAACAAUUAUUUCUUUGUUUCAUUGUAUGAUUUUUCAAUAAAGUUAUAAGACGGUUCAAAAGAA